AUGCCGUUUCAGCACCAUCGCCGCGGGGCGCCGGCUCCCAACAGAGCCCUGGCUGCCACCAUCUCCACCGGCGAGGAGAAGUUGGCUUCCAGAUUCCAGCACCAUGAUGACGCAGAUAAUCCGUUCCUCUCGCACCCCAGGGCAGCGAGAGCCGGCGACAAGUAUCUCAUCGGGGUGGGCAAGGCCGACAUCACCGGUCCGGUGGUCGAGAUCAACUUUGCAGGGUACGCGAACAUGGAACAGGUCGGGACUGGCUUGAGGCAGCGCAUCUACGCCCGCUCCUUCAUCAUCGGCGAGGUGGGGACCAACAACCGGUUUGUCUACGUCGUUCUCGACACCCAGUCCGGUGACACCGCAGUCCGCAAUGGUGUUCUCGAAGGCCUCGCAGCCCUGGGCCCGGAGUACUCGGUAUAUGGGCAGUCAAACGUGGCGAUAACGGGCACGCACUCUCACAGCGGGCCGGGAGGCUGGUUCAACUACCUCCUGCCGCAGGUUACGAGUCUCGGUUUCGAUCGCCAGGGUUACCAAGCCAUUGUGGACGGCACCGUGCUAUCGAUCAAGCGAGCGCACGAGUCGCUCCAGGAGGGGUACCUCGACUUUGGAACCACCACCAUCUCCGACGCCAACAUCAACAGGAGCCUAUACGCGUAUCUGGCUAAUCCCGAGUCGGAAAGGGCCCAGUACACCGACGAUGUCGACAAGACAUUGACGUUGCUGCGGUUUAGGAGAGCGUCCGACGGGAAGAGCAUUGGCGUUCUGACCUGGUUUGCGGUCCACGGGACGUCAAUGCUGGGCAACAACACUCACGUCUCUGGAGACAACAAGGGCCUCGCGGCCUAUCUCUUUGAGCAGUCAGUAAAGGGAACCGACCAGGCUACCGACGGAUUCGUUGCUGGUUUCUCUCAGGCCAAUGUCGGAGAUACGAGCCCAAAUGUCCUUGGUGCGUGGUGUGAUGACGGCUCUGGAAGCAUGUGCGACUUCAAAACCAGCACCUGUGCCGACGGCAAGUCCCAGUCGUGCCAUGGCAGAGGGCCGUUGUUCCAGAAGCUCGACUUGGGCGUCUCUAGCUGCUACGAGAUCUCCCGGAGACAGUUUUCAGGAGCCAAGGCGCUCUAUGACUCGUUCGACUCCAAGUCGACACCGGUUGUGGGCUCGACUGUCAGAUCGUUCCACUACUUCCAAGACAUGCAGUACUACACGUUCCCCUUGGACAACGGCACCGUGGUGCAGACCUGUCCCGCUGCUCUCGGGUACUCAUUCGCCGCGGGGACGUCAGACUGGCCCGGGGCAUUUGAUUUCACCCAGGGCGACUCAGGCUCGCCCAACAACCCUCUCUGGCAGGUUGUGUCGGGACUUCUCCGGGCCCCCAGCGCUAAGCAGAAGGAAUGCCAAGGUCCGAAGGCCGUCCUUCUGGAUGUCGGAGAGAUGGACACCCCUUACGCGUGGAGCCCGAAUAUCGUUGACGUUCAAACCCUCCGAGUGGGCCAGUUUAUCAUAAUCGUCUCUCCGUCUGAGGCGACCACCAUGGCUGGUCGCCGCUGGCGCAACGCCGUGAAGGAGGCUGCGUCAGAGUACUCCAUAACCGGCGACAGCGAGCCCUUCGUCGUCCUCGGUGGCCCAGCCAACUCGUAUUCCCACUACGUUACUACUCCCGAAGAGUACGCAGUGCAGCGGUACGAAGGCGCAAGUACCCUUUUCGGCCAGUGGGAGCUGCCUGCCUACAUCAACCUAACCCUCCGCGCCCUGCCUUACCUGGCCCCCACAGCCAAGGAUAGUCCGCCGCCCGGCCCCACGCCGCCAGACAACCGUGAAAAGAGCCUCAGCUUUAUCACGGGUGUCGUCCAGGAUGGCACGCCUCCCGGGAAGAGCUUUGGCGCGGUCAUCAAGCAGCCCCCAAGCUCGUCAGCGCGCGGUGCUGUCAUCAGCGCGACCUUCCAGGGUGCCAACCCGCGAAACAACCUGCGCCUCGAGGGCACCUUUGCCGCCGUGGAGAAGCUUGGGGACGAUGGAAAGACGUGGACGCAAGUGUUGAGCGACUACGACUGGCGGUUGGUGUACACCUGGAAGCGCACCAACUUCAUGCUGGGCUACAGUGAGGUGACGAUAGACUGGGAGACCGACGAGCAAGAUGCGCCCGGGACGUACCGGAUCAAAUAUUAUGGCGACUCGAAGCCGUUGAUUGGGAGUAUUAAUGCCUUUACUGGGACGAGCAACUCGUUUACGCUGACGUGA